AAUAAAAAAGGCCUCAAGGUUCAUUCUUUGCAGAUUGCAUGGCAAACUUGAAGGUCCAGUGGCAAUUUUGAUAUAUCACGACAAAUACAGUACCAAUUUUAGCAAAAAAAUCAAAAGCAAAAGACGACCGUGUUUUCCUUGAAAUAUUAACGCCCUCAUCUUCUGGUUUUCCUCCUAAUCAAAGAAGUUAGGCAACCAACCAAAUCUCCUCUGUAAGUCGUGGUUUUCAGUUUCCAAAAAAAAAAAAAAAAAGAGGUCGUUGUUUUCAGGGCUUCGAAUUCCUGCUCCUCAGAAUUUGUGGUCUUCUGAUUCUUUUCAGGUGCUCUUCACGCACAAAAGCAGCGACUGCACAGGGGCGGAUUCUGGUUCUCAGUCCUUGCUGUGCCGUAGCUUCGCCAGUGAAUGAAACCACAAGGGGUUUUCUCAAUUAUCUUGUACUUGAAUCAAAUCAGUUGUCAAGGAGAGGGAGCACAAGAAGAAAUAUUUUAUGGGUGGUCUUUGUUUUUCGUUUAUGAUCAGCGCUAACUUGUUCUUCUUGUCAUCAACAAUUUCCCUUGCAGUUGACGGCAUUACACCUUCCCAGUCUGUCCUUGAUGGAACGACGUUGGUUUCAAGUGAUGGGAGCUUUGAGCUCGGUUUCUUUAGUCCAGGUAGUUCCAAGAACCGUUACUUGGGAAUUUGGUUCAAGAAUGUCCCGGUUAGAACGGUUGUUUGGGUUGCAAACAGAUGCAACCCCAUCAAUGAUUCUUCCGGCGUGUUGAUGAUAAACAGCACAGGUAAUCUUGUGCUUUUGAGUCAGAAUAGCAGCGUUGUUUGGUCGCCGAGUUUAGUUAAACAGGCCCAAAAUGCGACGGUAGAGCUCUUGGAUUCCGGGAAUUUGGUACUGAGAGAUGCAAAAGAUGGAAAUUCAGGAACUCAUUUGUGGCAAAGCUUCGACCAUCCUUCUGAUACAUUAUUACCAGGAAUGAAGUUGGGGUGGGACUUGAGAACAGGCCUAAAACGGCAUUUGUCAGCAUGGAAAAAUUCAGACGACCCGUGUCCCGGAGAUUUUACUUACGGAAUUGGAAUGGAACAUCAAGCAUAUCCUGAGGCAUAUAUUCUGAACGGAAGUACAAAAUUCUUUCGCACCAGCGCAUGGAAUGGACUGACAAUCUGUGGUUCACCCGAAGAUCCUAGCCCUCGUUAUAGUUUCAAUUUUGUCUACAACGACGACGAAGUUUACGUCACAUACAAACCGAAGAUUGAGUCGAUUCUCUCAAGAGUGGUUUUGAACCAAACCACCAGCACAUGUGCUCGGUUUCAGUGGAAGGUGGGAGAUCAAGCUUGGCAGGAUUUUUCAUCAAGACCUACAGAAUCAUGUGAUUAUUAUGGCUUCUGUGGAGCCAAUGGAAAUUGUACCAGUGAGGAUCCGGUCUGCAAAUGUAUACAAGGAUUCAGCCCCAAGUCUCAAGAAAAGUGGAAUUUAUCAGACUGGUCUCUAGGUUGCGUGCGCAAUAAACCAUUAAGCUGCCACGAAAGAGAUGAAGAUGAGUUUCUCAAAUUUGAUGGCUUCAAAUUGCCAGAUACUACAAAUUCUUGGGUGGACAAAAGUAUGAAUCUCAAGGAAUGCAGAGCCAAAUGCUUGAAAAACUGUUCCUGUACUGCUUAUACGAGCUCAGAUAUCGGAGGAGGAAGUAGUGGCUGCACCAUCUGGUUUGGUGAUCUAAUAGAUAUCAAACAGGUUCCUGUUGCUGGAAAGGAAAUAUAUAUUCGAACGUCAGCUGCUGAUAUAGGAGAAAACAGCAGAAAAGUGAAGAUUGCAACUGUAGUUGUUGGCAUAGCAAUAGUGUUUUCCGGAGUGCUGUUAGUUGGCUAUGUCAUUCGCCGAAGAAAGAGAAAAAAUAAAGAAAUAAGGGAAAGAAAUGAGGACAACGAAGGGGCUCCAAGAGGGGACAUGGAGCUCCCACUCUUUGACCUGAUGACAGUAGCUAGCGCCACGGAUAACUUUUCAAGCAAUAAAAAGCUCGGAGAAGGUGGAUUUGGCCCUGUUUACAAGGGGACGCUGGCCGACGGACAAGAAAUUGCUGUGAAGAGACUUUCAAGAAGUUCUGGCCAAGGAUUGAACGAGUUCAUGAAUGAAGUUAGAUUGAUUGCCAAACUCCAGCACCGAAAUCUGGUAAGGCUUCUUGGUUGUUGCGUUCAAGGAGAGGAGAAAUUGCUACUUUACGAAUACAUGCCCAACGGAAGCCUAGACUCCUCCAUUUUUGAUGAAACGAGAAGAGAACCAUUCGAUUGGCCUAAACGUUUCAACAUUAUAUGUGGCAUUGCUCGAGGUCUCGUCUAUCUCCAUCAGGAUUCUAGGCUAAGGAUUAUUCAUAGAGAUCUCAAAGCAAGUAAUGUUUUACUUGAUAAUGAAAUGAAUCCGAAAAUUUCAGACUUUGGCCUAGCUAGAUUAUUGACUGAAGGAGAUUCGACUGUAGCAAAUACAGAGAGAUUAGUUGGCACGUACGGUUAUAUGGCACCCGAAUAUGUUAUGGGCGGGCAAUUUUCUGUGAAAUCCGAUGUCUUUAGCUUUGGUAUUUUGGUGCUGGAGAUCGUUACUGGAAGGAAAAAUAAAGGAUUCUUCGAUCCAAGCAACAGCCGUAACCUUUCUGAACAGUUAUGGAGAUUGUGGAAUGAAGGGAAGCCUUUAGAACUGAUUGAUACAUGCUUAGCAAGCUCAGGCACGCUAUCGGAAGUGUUGCGUUGCAUCAACAUUGGUCUCUUAUGUGCGCAACAUGAUCCUGACGAUAGGCCAAGCAUGGCGGCUGUGGUUAUAAUGUUGGGAAGUGAGACUGCUUUGGCUCAGCCGAAACAACCCGGUUUCUUCAUGGAAAAGGGAACACCUGAAGCAGGUUCUAAUUCAGGUAAUCAGACAUGUUCAACCAACGAAUUAUCGAUCUCGCUUUUGGAGGCUCGAUAAGGAUCAUCUUAUUCAUCUCAGACUACAUCUCUAUGCUUUCCUAUCAAACAUUUAUUCAAAAUAAAUUUUGAGAACAAAGCUGAAGAGGAGCAUAGAUUUAUGAAUCAUUUGCUGUAUGGACUCCAACGUUUUGCAAUAGGGCCCUCUGCGCUAGUGCUCGUUGAACAAGUAAAUUAAUGACAAUAUUUGACCCCAAAAAAAACUACUGACUCUAAAAGAGCCCAAUCCAUUGAGCAAUGGAAACUAAUUGUUGUUGUUUAUUAUACACAAUAAUAUAUUUACUCCAAGAA